CAAGAGAGAGAGAGAGAGAGAGAGAGAGAGAGAGAGAGAAGAAUUCCAAGUUUCUCACGGCUCGUAAGAUUGUUUCGCAGAAUCAUGGUGGCCGCUACUGCCUCUGCCGUGGCUCCCGUUGCGAAGAAGAAAACUGCUGCGGCUAAGAAGCCGAAAUCUGCUUCUUCUCAUCCUCCGUUUCUCGAUAUGAUUUCGGAUGCAAUCGUUUCGUUGAAAGAGAGAGCUGGAUCGAGCCAGUAUGCGAUUGCGAAAUUCAUUGAAGAAAAGCAUAAGCAAUUGCCCUCGAAUUUCCGAAAGAAUUUACUUGUUCAGUUGAAGAAAUUUGUUGCAUCUGGAAAGCUCGUCAAGGUCAAAGCCUCCUACAAGCUGCCUCCGGCCUCCGCCGUUGCCAAGAAGCCUGCCGCCGCGAAGCCAAAAGCUGCCACCUCUGCUACUGUGAAAUCAAAGCCGAAGGUAGCAGUCAAAGCUCCGUCAAAACCGAAAGCAAAAGCUGCAACGCCUGUUAAGGCAAAGGCUAAAGUUGCGGCGAAACCUAAGGCUAAAGCUAAAACUAAAGCAGUGACUAAGCCAACUAAGGCGGCGAAGACGACCAAAACAAGUACUCCAGCGAAGAAAGUAAAGUCUCCGGCGAAGAGGAAAGCCGUGGUGGCGAAGAAGCCUAAGAGUGUGAAAUCGCCGGCUAAGAAAGCAGCGAAGAAGGCGAAGAAA